AUAAGCUGUGGAGCCACCUGUAAAAAUACACAAAUAAUGAAGGAAACCGCACUUCUGGUGCUACUCUUGUGCUCUCACUCAGGGGCAGAGAGUACUGGGGAUGGCACGGUUUCACAGAGUAACUCUGGAAUGGGACCGAUGUUGGGAAAUAUCCUAAGCCAACUGAUGACUAUGGCCGAAAAGCAAGGUGCUAUGGAAGCGAGGCUUAACAACUACAAGAAGGAGGUGGAGGAGCUGGAAGCCAAGGUGCAGCACACAGAACUGAAGCUCCAGGAGGCAGACGCCAAGAUAUUGGAAGGAGGGAGUCAAAUAGCAGACCUGAAGCAGCGUCUUAAAGGAACAACUAUAGCCUUCUCAGCAGCCUUGACAGGGGGGCAAUGUGGACCCUUCAACACAGACACUACUCUGGUGUACAAAACCGUUAUCACCAAUAUAGGCAGUGCUUACAACCCGGCAACAGGUAUUUUCACAGCACCACUGAAGGGGAUUUAUAUGUUUAUGUUUUUUGAUAUUGUCCAUGCUGCCCAUGGAUCAACUAUGCAUCUCUAUAAGAAUGAACAGAAGAUAGUGUCAACUGUUGAAUGGAAAUCUGAUAGUGACGGAAUUGAUGGUGGAUCAAAUGGAGUGAUUUUGCAGCUGGAUCAGCAAGACCAGGUCUAUGUGCGUCUGAAGGCUAAUACAUGGGUUUAUGAUGACUCCCACCACUACACUACAUUUAAUGGUGCUGUCAAAUGAAUGAAGAUUUCUGAAUGAAGUGUCCAGAAUGGCCCACUGAUCAACACACUACCACUUCCACAAACAUUUUGACAAAUUUGACAAACCUUUUGACAAAUUUUAACAUACUUUUGGGGGGUCUAUUUCUGAAUAUUUUGUUCAGGCUACCAUGCAGAGCUUUCAGUAAUAAGCAUAAUAACAUGCCUCCAUACACACCAUGGAACUCAGUUGAUUGUAAAAAAUAUUUUAGUUUAAUGUUUAAAUUUGUGAAUGAGGGCCAUUUCUAAUAUGCAUAGGCUUACAUUUCAAGUAAUCUGAACAUUAGUCAGAUCCAUAAUUCAUGUUGUAGGCUAUUUUAUUGACAAAUUAAAGUCAAUCUAGAGAAUGUUCACUCCAUAAUGAUACUGUCAGUGAACAUGAUUUUCAACAUGUUUUUAGUUUAAUAUUUUUAUUUGAUUGUAUAUUAUGAUUCAUUUAUGUCAUUACAUGAGAUUUCUUACUCUUACUUUCAUUCAGU